AUGGGUGCAUGUCAUUGCAAUCAGAAGCAAAACGAAAUAGGUUCAAUUGAAAUUGACAAUGCCAUCGUUGCCCAAAAACAAGAAUUAUCCAAUCCUUAUUUAAAUGAAAAACUCUACUCAAAUCCUUUUCUGCUUCAAUCUCAAGCAGCAUUUAGAGGCUACCUAUCUCGAUCAUUAUUCCAAAAAAAGGCUUCCAAAGAAGCCGAAGAAGAACUUGAAAUUAAAUUCAAUUUCGAAGAAUUAAACGAAGUCCCUAAAAUAAUCUCACAAAGCGCUGCAGAAACUCUGAAAAACCUCGUCAAUUUCACAUAUAAGGAUAAAGCAAUUGGAGUUAUAAAUAGAGGGCCAGUUAAACUUCAAGACCACAGCAUCUAUGUUGGUGAAUGAAAUAAAUCUGGAACUCCUUGUGGGAGAGGAGAAAGAUAUCUAUCUGAUGGAAGCUAUAGUAAAGGAAUUUGAAAAGAUGGGAAAAUGCAUGGACAUUGCUUGCAGGUAUUUGCAAAUGGAGACUAUUAUGUUGGAGACGUUUUUGAGGAUACAAUUCAAGGGCUCGGGAAACUGUUUACGAUAGAAACACAAUGCAGUUAUGAAGGAGAGUGGAAAAAUGGGAAACAAAAUGGAUUUGGGGUCGAAAACUGGCCAGAUGGAGCUAGAUUUUCAGGAAAUUUUGUGAAUGGGAAAAAGAAUGGAAAAGGAAAGUUCAUUUGAGCAGAUGGGUCUAUGUUUGAUGGAGAUUUUCUUGACAACCAAAUUACUGGGUAUGGGAAAUAUAAUUGAGCUGAUGAUAGAUCUUAUGAAGGACGAUGGCUAAAUAAUAUGAUGUCUGGGACUGGAAUAUUCUUAUGACCUGAUGGAAGAAAGUAUGAAGGAGAAUAUGUAAAUGACAAAAAAGAAGGCAAAGGUGUAUUUACUUGACCUAAUAAUAAAGUUUAUGAAGGAACCUGAAAAAACGGCAAACAGCACGGCAUAGGCGAAAUUCGAGCUCUUGGCAAAAAAACUAAAAAAGGAGAGUGAAAAGAUGGGAAAAGAAUAAGAUGGAUCGCUUAA